AUGAGGCGGCAAACGGGUCUUGUGGUCUCAUGUGGAGAAGUGCUAAAAGCAAAGUCGCAUGUUGUGGUCUACACCAAGGAGCGGGAUGAAGAUAAAGAAAGUGUUGGCUCUUCAUAUCACGUUGCUGUACAAGAUGAAAGGGAUACUUUAUCUCCAAUAAGGGUUGGUGAAGAGUUGGAGGAUGUUUCUUGGUGUUACCAUAUAUCUGUCGAUGAUGGCAAACCUCAAGAAGAUGAAGACGCUAAGGAUGCUCCGCCCGAAUUUGAAGAAGGGGUAAAAACGACAGUCGACGCAUUGAAAGAAAUCAACCUUGGCACUGAUGAAGAUCAAAGGCCUACUUAUGUAAAUUCUUUACUUACAGUCGAUGAAGAGAGUGCUUAUGUUGAAUUACUUAAAGAGUAUAAGGAUGUAUUUUCCUGGAGUUACAAAGAGAUGCUUGGCUUAGACCCUAAAGUUGUGGUCCAUCAUCUCGCUGUCAAGAAUGGCACACGUCCUAUCAAACAAGCACAGCGACGUUUCAGGCCCGAAUUGGUUCCCUUGAUCGAAAAUGAAGUUAACAAGCUUAUUGAGGCUGGUUUCAUUCGCGAAGUUAAGUUCCCCACAUGGAUUUCGAGCAUUGUCCCUGUGAGAAAGAAGAAUGGACAAAUUCGAGUAUGUGUUGACUUUAGGGAUCUCAACAAUGCAUGCCCUAAGGAUGAAUUUUCACUUCCCAUUGCUGAGCUUAUGAUUGAUGCCACUACUGGAUACGAGGCGAUGUCCUUCAUGGACGGCUCAUCUGGUUAUAACCAGAUCCGCAUGUCACCUAAGGAUGAAGAGCUUACCGCAUUCCGCACUCCUAAAGUUCUAGCGGCUCCUGUGCCUGGAAAGCCGUUAAUACUAUACAUAUCGGCACAAGAAAGUUCAGUUGGAGCACUCUUAGCCCAAGAGAAUAGCAAAGGGAAGGAAAAUGCCCUUUACUACUUGAGUAGGAUGAUGACGCCAAAUGAGUUGAAGUAUUCGCCGAUUGAAAAGUUGUGUCUGGCCUUAGUCUUCUCGAUUCAGAAGAUGAAACACUACUUUCAAGCCCAUGUAGUUCGUCUUAUUUCCAAAGCAAACCCCAUCAAAUUUGUGAUGUCGAAACCUGUCCUUAGCGACCGACUAGCAAGGUGGUAUCUCCAAUUUCAACAAUUUGAGAUUGUGUACGUUCCUCAAAAAGCUGUGAAAGGGCAAGCAUUUGCGGAUUUUCUAGCAGACCAUCCGAUACCCGAUGACUGGGAAUUAACUGAUGAACUACCCGAUGAGGAUGCGAUGGUCAUUGAGAUUCAACGGCCUUGGAAGAUGUAUUUUGAUGGUGCUGCACAUCGCGAAGGAGCUGGCGCUGGUGUGAUAUUUGUCACUUCUCAGGGGGAGGUCUUACCGUAUUCCUUCACUUUAACACAAUGUUUCUCUAACAAUGUUGCAGAAUAUCAGGCACUCAUACUUGGGCUUGAAAUGGCUGUUGAUAUGAAGCAGUUACAAUUACAAGUCUUUGGAGAUUCUGAAUUGGUAAUCAAUCAAUUGUUGGGUACCUACGAGGUCAAAAAGCCAGAAUUGCGUCCCUAUCAUCACUAUGCACAAAAAUUAAUUGGGUGGCUCGGCAACGUAACUCUCCAACACGUGCCAAGAAAGGAAAAUAAGAAAGCUGAUGCUUUGGCUACUUUGGCUUCAUCAUUGACUUUGCCUGACCAAGCGCAAAUCACUAUCUGCCAGAAAUGGAUAGUACCGCCAGAGGACGAUGAGGAUGAAGAAAGCAAACUCGAGCUUCUUGUGGCCGUUACUGAAGCUGAGAAAGUCGAUUGGCGACAAACCAUGAUCGAUUACUUGUGUUAUAGCAUUCUUCCAGAAGAUCCAAAAAGAAAGACCGAAAUUCGUCGUCGUGCCCCUCGCUUCCUUUACUACAAAGAUACUUUGUACCGUAGAUCGUUCGAGGGAGUUCUCUUGCGUUGUCUGGGGGAAGAAGAAGCGACUCAAGCUAUGCAAGAAGCCCACUAUGGAGUUUGUGGAUCACAUCAAUCUGGGCCAAAACUGCACUUUCAUAUAAAAAGGAUGGGGUAUUAUUGGCCAACAAUGGUGAAAGAUUGUUUGGACUAUGCGCGAAGUUGCAAAGCAUGCCAAUUUCAUGCAAAUUUUAUACACCAACCUCCUGAGGUGUUACAUCCAACUGUUGCAUCUUGGCCAUUUGACGCUUGGGGGCUAGACGUGGUUGGACCGCUACCGAAAUCUUCUGGUGGCCACUUGUACAUCUUAGCUGCAACGGAUUACUUUUCAAAAUGGGCUGAGGUUGUCGCCCUCAAAGAAGUAAAAAAGGAGAAUGUGGAAAACUUCAUUCGAGUAAACAUCAUCUAUCGUUUUGGCAUUCCUAGUUAUAUCAUAACAGAUAAUGGCAAGCCGUUCUCCAACAAAUUGAUGACUAAGAUUUGUGAGCUUUUUGGCUUCAAGCAACGAAACUCGUCUAUGUAUUAUGCUGCUGCAAAUGAACUAGCUGAAGCAUUUAACAAGACCUUGUGCAACUUGUUAAAGAAGGUCGUCUCCAAGUCUAAAAGAGAUUGGCAUGAUAGAAUGGAAGAAGCUCUUUGGGUAUACCGAACGACUCAUCGCACACCAACUCAAGCAACUCCUUAUUCUCUUGUUUGCGGAGCUGAAGCGGUCCUUCCACUUGAACGCCAAAUACCUUCAUUGCGGCUCGCUAUCCAAGAAGGGCUCACUGAAGAAGAAAAUGCUCGUCUACGCCUUAAAGAGUUAGAGGUCCUUGAUGAGAAAAGGCUAGAAGCUCAGCAAAGCCUUGAAUGUUAUCAAGCUCGUCUUUCCCGUGCUUUCAAUAAAAAGGUUCGCCUGAGGUCCUUCCAAGUUGGUGAUCAAGUCCUGGCGGUAAGAAGACCUAUUAUCAUAUCUCAUAAAUCUGGAAGCAAGUUCACUUCAAAGUGGGAUGGGCCAUAUGUUGUCCAAGAAGCCUAUACAAGUGGUGCUUACAAGCUUAUAGAUGCAGAUGGCUUGCGGAUCAGUCCCAUCAACGGGAAAUUCUUGAAGAUGUACUAUCCUUGA